UGGAAGCGGCAGUUGCUCAGAGCUCCGAGCUAGACACACACAGAGUGCACGGAAAGCUGCGAGUCUGCUGAAAGUUAACGUGGUAAAUGGGGGCGAUUAGACGCUCCUGGCUUUGUCAAUGAGCCAACAAGCUGCUUCCCUAUCGCUGAGCGCCAGUAGCAGCCAGUGAGUCCUGCGCUUUUGUCCACAGAUUGCUUUUGUCACUCCAGAUUUGGGAGAAGAAGAAAUAAAGGGGGUCGCUGUGCUGAGAGGAUGGGCUGCCCACAGCAUGGGGACUCUCGGGUUUUGGGCUACUAACCCGGACAAGCGGAUUAUGAUGUGGCUCAUCACGUUCAUUCAGUGACAGCCCGAGCUCCAUCUGUGGAUCUCACUCGCUAACUGUCAUUUCCGAUAUAUGAGCGCUACUGUCACAUUGCUCACAGCGUUGGACGCAUCGCAUGGGGCAGGAUCGGACCGGGGAGCGGUGGAUGGAGCUGUCUGCCCGCUGGGCAUCAUAGUCGCUGCUGCCAGUGCUCGUCUGGCCCACCCCGGCUGCGCACAUAUGGGAGAGUGGAGUCCGCAUGGCGUGCUAUUACCUUGUCAUCAGCUCCACGCACCUCAGCAACGGACACUUUCGCACCAUCAAGGGAGUUUUCAAGGGGCCUCUCCGCAAGCCUGACACCUCCUCACUACCGGGCUAUGCAGAAAAGGGCAAAAACAUAGCAAAUGCUCUUGAAGACCUGAAGGCCAACUUUUAUUGUGAAUUAUGCGACAAGCAAUACCACAAACACAAGGAAUUUGAUAACCAUAUCAAUUCAUAUGAUCAUGCGCACAAACAGAGACUGAAGGAAUUAAAGCAAAGAGAGUUUGCCCGUAAUGUUGCUUCAAAGUCGUGGAAAGAUGAAAAAAAGCAGGAAAAAGCACUUAAACGUCUCCAUCAGCUCGCUGAGCUGCGGAAGCAACAAGACUGUUUUUCAGAAAAAGGUCCAGUAUUUAAAGAACCCAGAUUAAGAAGCACUCAGAAUGCAAUUUUCCCAAGCAAAGAUGGUAUCACUUCAAAUUCCAGAUGUACAGUUGUUUGUAAAGGAGACCCCGUUUCAAGCAGUGCUAUUGCAGAGAACAAAGAAGACAUUAUAUUUGGCAGGGAUAUAAUGAAUAAAAGCAGAUGCUGUUAUGUUGGAAAUCAGACCCAACUAUCAUUCACAAACAACAGCAGUGUCAACAAUAGAACAGGAGUGUCAUUCUGCUUUUCCAAGAAGGCUUUGCAGAAACUUGAUUCCUCAGCAUCAGUUUUCAAUGAGAGUACGGAAGACAUAAAUGACUGCAGUCAGUUCUUCAAUCAUAAAGCAAAACAAAUGUCUGUAAGCUUUAGACACUAUGCACACAUGGAUGAGAAUGCAGGAGAAAAUAACACGUUGACUUUGCAUGAGAAAACAGAUAAGCCUACACCUAUACACAUACCUGCAGAUGAAGAGCCAUUUAAAGAUGAUGAUGUAGGUAGUAAGGAACUAGCAGUGGUACAAAAUGAAAUUGCUCAGUCAAACAUAAACAUCAAACUACAGCCUUCCGAUGUGAGUUUUAAAGAGCCCUGUAAUCAAAUUGAACAUGUAAAUAUAUUUUCAAGGCCAGAAGAAAGUUGCAAAACAUCUGAGGAAAUAGAUCAUACAACUAAAAGGAGUUACCAGGAAACGAUUUCCAACAAUAACUCAGCUGUAGAUGCUAUUUUAAUAGAUCAACUAUCUGAAGAACUUUCACAAAAAUAUAAUAAAGAUGAUGUAACCUAUAAUUUAAAUGUGCAGUACUUAGAUGCACCUAAUAAUGUUGAACUUUCAUGCAGUUCAAAUGUGCAAUAUGUGAAUGCUCCAAAUCAAUCCCUCCAGAGUCCAAACAAAUAUACAGAACCCACAAUUAGUGAACCUUUAAAUGUCACUGUCCAAACCAAUGCACCAUCUUGUCUUAAUGUUUUGAGCAAAGAUGGUACUACUAACCUUCAGUGGCCAAAAGAGCUUCUUUUGUUUACAAAAUCUGAACCCUCAAUUUCCUAUGCUUGUAAUCCAUUAUAUUUUGAUUUCAAAUGCUCUAGAAAGCAUACAGCUGAAGCAGCAAGCGACAGAAUUUCCACUACUACUGAGGAACAAGAGAAUCUGAACACUGAAAAAGAGAAACAAACAGAUUUGGAAAGUGAACAUGACAGCCAGCCAAUAAAGCCAAAGAGGGAGAAAUGCAGUUUAAAGGAAAAGCUUAUAAAAGAUUCUGAAUUAUAUUCCAAUUACAGAACUGAGAAAGAAAUUGUACAAAAAAAGAUGAAUGAUAAUGUAGCACAAAAUUCCAUCAAUCACAGUGGCACACCAUAUUGUAUUGUUGGAAAAGGUCAACAUUCAAGAAAACGAAAGUGCUCAGUCCAAAAUUGGUUAGAAACUUGCCAUGAUUCAGAGCAGAAAAAGGAGGAGAAUAAUUCUGUUUUCCAAGAGAAUUCAAAAAGUAAAAAUCCUAGGUCUUCUCAUGCCAACCUUUCGAAUAUUAUGGGUAAAGUGGAGCACAUGGAUUGGUGCAGCUCUUAUCAGAAAUAUAAAAAUAAUGAUUUAAGUCAAAAUGAAAAUGACUCUGUUUGGGAUAGUGAUAAAUACAGCUCUUGCAGUACAGUCUCAAGUCUUGAGAGUGAUGUAAGUUCAGAGCAGUUAUCUCAAAUUUCUGAUUCCAAAAUCAUCUGUAAACAUUCAGAUCCUUCCCCGAGUGCUGAUUCAAAACACAGACAUCGUAGGUCAAGUAUAAUAGGAAAGCACAACAGUGAUUGGUCUCAUGAGCAUGGAAAACACUUUCAUUCUGAGAGUUAUGAUCAGGAAAAUGUUGAUAAAUGUAGGAAUAUGAAGUACAAAUUGUCAAGAGACCAAUUCCAAGGUGAUCAGCUAUGCUACAAACAUGCCAGGCAACAACAUUGUUCUAGAAAACAUGGUAAAAACAUAAAGGAUAGUUUGUAUGGAAGACAAGUAGAGAAUAGAGAAUGUUCAAACCUUAGCAAUUCAGGAGAGAUUUCAGAAAAAACAACAGAUUCCUUAAGUCUCCAAAGAUGUUCUCAAAUGGGAGAAAUGUGGAACACUAUGGAAAAAGAGAAAACAGCCUAUAAAUGUUAUUCCCAAAAUAUAGUUUCUCUUUCAGAAAAAUAUUGUGACAGAACUUCAGAAAAUAUUGUGAACCACAUAUUAGCAGAAGAGGAAAAAACACUCAUUGCUGAACUUCUUUUGGAAAGAGGGAAUUCUACAAAACCAGAGGAAACAGAAGUUACUUCGGCAGAAAACUCUAAAGGUGGUGCUAUAGAAAUAAACGAACAGUCUGAAAGGUUUUUAGCUGUCAAUUUUCCAUCAGCUCAAGAGACAGCAAUUUUACCCUUAGAGAAAAAUGGUGUCAGUGACAUACUGGGAAAUCGGUUGUUUGAAAGCAAAAGUGAGGAGUUACGUGCAUAUGAAGUCACUGUUACUACAAAUAACGAUAACUGUCUGUUUGAAGAUAUAAUACAUAUUGAUACUGAAUGUCGAACCUUAAAUACAGAAAUCCCACAUUCUAUUAUUGAACAACCUUCAAAGCAUGGUGAAGUACAUCAUAAUAUGCAAAGCUCUGAACAACUUAAUUUUAAUGUAUCGUGCCCUUUGCCCUGUCUUAGACAUUUGAGUGAAAACAACUCCCAAAUGACCAAAGAAGAAGAAAACAAAAACAAACAACAUAUUGUAAAUAGAAAAUCAAAUCCAAUGGAAGAAAAUGUCAAAUGUUUUUAUGAUGUAACUAUGCAGGACUCCUGUAAAGCUCAAAGGGUGUGCCACAAGACAACAUCUCCUCCUGUAACACACCAACCUAUAACUUUUUCUCCCGAUGAAGUUGAUAAAUAUAGGCAAUUGCAGCUUCAGGCACAACAGCAUAUGCAGAAACAGCACAUUUCUAAGCAUUUUAAAGGGUUACCUUCUAUGGGAUCAUCUGUUUUUUCAACAGCAAAUACUUUACAGCCUGUUUCAGUUCAUCACCAUCCUUCAAUUACCACAAUUCAUCAUGCUCUCAUGCAGCGUUUUGCAGUCACAGCUUCCAUGCGUCCUCCACCAAAUCAUUUUCCUUUACCUCAUCUAAAUCCUUUUCCUCAACCACACUUUUCUCCUAUUGCACUUUCUUCACUGACACCAACACUAUUCCCAGCACAACCUGCAUUCCUGGCUAGUCACCCUUUGCAUUUAGUCUCUGCAACAGCAAUUCAUCCUGCCCCACUAACUUUCCAAGCAAUUCCACACACAGCCCUAAUUCCUGCCAUUUUUACUUCCCAUCCCAACACUGGAAUGCCUCCAGCUAUCCAUCUGCACCCAUUGAUCCACCCUUUCUUUCAAGGACAGGACUUUCAUCCUUUUUCUGGAACAAAUCAAUCUCACUGACAUUUACUAGGAUACAAUACAUAGUAAUGGUAGGCUUUAGUUUGCUGUCAGUGUUUUUCCCAUAUUCAUUUAACAAUAGGGACGCACAACCCAAAUAGUUAUUGCAUGAGCAGUUUCUCUCUUUGUGCUAAAUUAAGGGGCAGAUUUAUCAAGGGUCAAAGUGAA